CGUAGAGUGCGUCUUUCGGCCCGCAGCGGCAGCAGGCUGACAGGGCCUGGGCUCGGGCGGAGCGGCACCAGGAAGGCCGGGGGAGGCUGGCUGGCCGGCGCCAUGGAUUCCUGGGUGCGGUUCAGCGCCCAAAGCCAAGCCAAGGAGCGGGUCUUCAGGGCUGCCCAGUACGCCUGCACUCUCCUAGGCUACACGCUGCAGAAGAAUGGGGCCAGCCCCGCUUUCCUCGCUCGGAUCAAGCAGCUGGAGGCUCACAUGAGUUUGGGGCGCAAAUUGUUCCGGUUGGGGAACUCUGCAGAUGCCCUGGAGGCCGCCAAGCGGGCCAUCCACCUGUCGGACAUGGUCCUCCGCUUCUGCGUCACCGUGAGCCAUCUCAACAGAGCCAUGUACUUUGCCUGCGACAAUAUCCUGUGGGCAGGGAAGUCGGGCCUCGUCCCACACAUGGACCAGGAGAAAUGGAGCCAGCGGUCGUUCAGGUAUUAUCUCUUUGCACUGAUCAUGAACCUGAGCCGGGAUGCCUAUGAAAUCCGGCUGCUGAUGGAGCGUGAGGCGGACGGGAAGCACCCCCAAAGUGGGGGCAGAGGCGAUGAGGGCUCCGUGGCGAGGGAGGACGGCCGGCUCCAGCAUCUGGCGGUCAGGCUGAAGCUGCAGCUCCGGCUCCUGGGCCACGUGCUGCGGAACAACCCCCCGCUGCUCCUGGACGUGGUGAAGAACGCCUGCGACCUUUUCAUCCCCUUGGACAAGCUGGGCCUGUACAAGACCAGCUCGGGCUUUGUGGGGCUCUGCGGCUUGACGUCUUCCGUCCUGUCGAUCCUCGCCAUCGUCCACCCGUGGCUGAAGCUGAAGCCUUGAACGGAGCUGCGGGGGCCUGCUGGCUUUGCGGGCGGGGGACGUGGCUAGUGACUCGACUACAUCUGCCUUUUGGGUGACGUGGCUUCCUUCGGACUUGGGUCUUGGACCUCUUGGGGAUUUUUUAUUUUUUAUUUUGCAGGGGAAGGAAGGGGGGGGCACUUCUGUUUCUCAUUAUUAAAUGGAGGCCAGCCAUUUUCCCGGACGUCAUGAGCAAACCUCCUGACCCUUCUGGGCCACCGUACUACUGCCCUCCUAUGCAGAUAGUCCUCAAGAUGUAUUCUGUCCCCUGUGCCUAUCUUCUCCCCUCCCUUUUACCUGCCCCCAUACCUCUCCUCACAAAUUCCCCUGCUCACCCAGCUGCUCUUGAACUCAUCUUGGGCUACUCCAGUGGUUCGGCCUCCCUUGUGAACCGUGGGAAUGCGUCUUUCGUUGCCCCGGCGUUUGAGCCGGGAGGGGCGUUUGGAGCUGUCCCCCCCACUGUCUUCCAAUUUGACCAGGGGAACAAGGCCGAGAAGCGAAGUUCCACGCUUGUCCGGGCGCACUCAUGAUGGUCGUCCGCACGGGCAUGGGACGUACCUGAGUCCCCAAGGCAGGGCAGGUGGGAAGAAGCCCUGUUCCGUUCACGCUGCUUCUUCUUUGGUGUGAAAUGCACGAGAGGGAGGAGCCAGGGGGCAACCUGGGGGUCCACCACUCAUUCAGAGCAGGGGCUCCUUCUUUGCAGGUCGGGCUCCCGUCCCCCCUCCACUUAACGAGGGCACGCAAGAUAUUUGGGGCUUACAGGCUUAUGCGCCGUUAACUCCUUUUCACGGUUGAUUUGUAAGAAUCCUCCCCCUUCCAUCCUUUCUUUUUUAUAUAUAAAAAAUAUCCGUUAACAUCUCGUGAGCCGCCCGUCUCGAGCUGCAGUCAGUUCCACGGGCUCGUCUUUGGUACCUCGUCAUGGUUGGUGGCGAUUAUCUUUAUUAGUUCUGAGCAAGAGUGCUGGUUUCCUGGCAGGCAGCUGUUGGAAACUGGCUUUCUGUACUCCAGAUCCGGCGCGCCCCAUCAGAUUUUUUUUCCUCCCCAAAAUCAGACACUUUUAAAAAUCAAGCUUCCGGCCAUCAUGAUUUCACAGCAAGGCCUGGCCUGAGAAGGCUGCCAUCAGACGGGAGAAUUUUGCACCUUUUUUCCCCAUCACACAGCCAUGAUGCCAGAAGCUGUACCCAGCAGACGUCUCCUUCUGUGCAGCUUGUAAAAAGCGCAGGAGCCCUGUCAGAGUAUGCACUUGGCGCCCUGUUCUUCUUAAUCAGCUGCCCCUUCACGGAUAAUUUGAGCAGCCGCUGGACAGAAUUUCUGCCUGCUCUCAGCUGCUACAGCCGUCGGACCUGGGUCUAGUUCUCAACCUGUGACGAGGCGAUACCGCUGCAGCCUGGAGUGUGGGGAGACAAUGUCUCAAUGCUCCCCCGUACAAGGGGAAACGUCCCACCGCAUUAGAGGAAAUUAGCAUGAUGAAAAGUUCAGGUGAAAUUCUUCCUCUCUUGACACGAUCGCCUUCCAUGUGCGCGGGAUUCUUUCUAUGGGGCGUCUUCAAGAAUCUGACCCCCCCCAAACACACACACACGCACACCCCUCGAGUCUGACACGGAUUUUCCACCUCGGUAAGGGCGAGGCCCAGCUUUCCCCAAGCUGGUACCCUCCAGAGAUAUCGAAAGGUGACCCUCAGAAUUCCCAGCCAGCUACAUCUGGAGGGCACCAGGUUGAGGAACGCUGAGCUCGGCUCCCUUUCACCUGCUGCUCAUUGCACCCCUGUUUUCCUCCCUGCUCUCUGGCCAAGGCCACUAGCCGCUUGGGCAGCGGGCUGUUAGCUCCUGGCCCUGGCCUGUCCUCCCCCACCCCGCAAACCCAAUUCUGUUGCCCCUCCUAUACUGCCUGUAAAGUUCCUCUUCCUUCCACCCCUUCUCCCCGCGCCCAGCCACACCUGUACCCUCUUGUAAAUCUGUCAAACGAACGGGUGAUCACUUGAUCUAAUAAAAGAACUGUUGGUGUAA